AUGAGCUUCUCAGGCCGUCGCCUCUCCAUCCUUAGCCCCUCGCACUCCCGCCGCUUCUCUGCCAGCAAAGAACUCUCACAGAACGAGAAGUCCUCCGAAACCCAUCGCCAGUUCCGUGAUGCGCACGAAGGCCAUCGUCCUCACGCCGGGCUAGAUGCUACACGCGCUUCAACCGGUGUCGUGUGGACCACCGAGAGGGCUGCUGAACACGGGUUCCUUGAAAACUCUUCGUUGUGGGCGAAUCUAGGACAGGGUGCUCCUGAAGCUGAUGAUGAUAUCGCCGGCAGCUUCCCCCGCCCCACUUCGAUCUCUAUAACCUCCGCAUCUCGUGAAUACGGCCCUACUGCCGGUAUCAAACCUCUCCGUGCUGCAGUGGCGAGACUGUACAAUGAACAUUAUCGACAGGGGAAGCAGGGCUAUACUUGGGAGAAUGUGUGCAUUGUCCCCGGCGGAAGAGCGGGGUUGAUUCGAGUUGCCGCAAUAUUAGGAAAUUCAUACCUCUCGUUUCCAAUCCCGGACUACUCAGCGUAUUCGGAGAUGCUGUCGUUGUUCAAAAACUUUGCCGCGGUUCCAAUGCCCCUAUCCUACGCGGACGGAUACCAUAUCCACAAGGAUAAGAUUGCAGAAGAAAUCGCUCGAGGCACUUCGGUCAUCUUGACGUCGAAUCCCAGGAACCCAACAGGUCACGUCAUCAAUAACCCGGAGCUGGCCAAAAUACAAGAUAUCUGCCGUGGAAGGGCAACGCUUAUCCUAGACGAGUUCUACGCUGGAUAUAACUACAGCACCGGCUGUGAUGGCUCGACUACUAGUGGAGCAAUGAAUGUCGAAGACGUCGAGACAGACGACGUCCUCAUCAUCGAUGGUCUGACCAAACGCUUCCGUCUUCCCGGUUGGCGAAUCGCCUGGAUCUUGGGACCCAAGGAAUUUAUCGACGCUCUUGCCUCCGCCGGCUCCUACCUGGAUGGGGGCGCCAACGUCCCAUUUCAAGAGGCGGCAAUCCCGAUGCUGGAGCCCUCUCUCGUUCGUAAGGAGAUGCAAGCUCUGCAAAUCCACUUCCGUGAGAAGCGGGAUUAUGUGCUAGGCCGGCUGGGGAAGAUUGGAUUUCAGAUCAGAGACGUACCAGAUGCGACAUUCUAUAUCUGGCUAGACCUUACCGCGCUUGAUCCCCCUCUCCCAGCUUCCGCGAACAUCUCGGACGGUCUGAACUUUUUCAACGCUCUGCUGACGGAGAAGGUGAUUGUUGUUCCUGGGAUCUUUUUUGACUUGAAUCCGGCGAAGAGACGGGAUUUGUUCGACAGUCCCUGCCACCACUUUGUCAGGUUGAGUUAUGGGCCGAACAUGGAUGUGUUGAAGCGAGGUUUGGAUGGCAUUGAGAGGGUCAUUCGCCGAGCCCGGGGUGAGGUCAUCGCCGACGAUCUGGAGGACGAAGUCGCUGUUCAGGAUUGA